AGUGCACAGUGAGUCGGGGCCACAUGAAUUACUUCUUGAACCUCGCAUUCUGGGGCUUGGCGGGAGCAAACAUUGCACCAGGCGCUCAACCACUUGUCGAUGGGUCAGGCAUUUCAGCAGCAAUUCCAGGAUGGGCACUCCAGUCAACAGCUCAAGUAAGCGAGGCUCUCAGCGAUAGCUCGAGACCAGGAUUCGACUCCUCGUCAUGGCAUAAAAUCGGCUCGAAGGGAACUAUCAUGGGCGGGCUGGUGCAGGCAGGCCUCUAUAACACCACCGAUCUCUUCUUCUCGGAUGAUUUGGAGAGCAAAGUGUCUCCUAAGCCAUAUACUGUGCCCUGGCUUUACCGGAACGAGUUCACACUCAGGCCAGAUACGGGCAAGCAUUUCUUCCUGCAGACCAAUGGCAUCACUUCCAAAGCAGAUAUCUGGCUCAAUGGCAAACAGAUUGCGGACAAAGUGGUCCAAGCUGGAGCUUAUGGCGGGAAGACGUACGACGUCACGAAGCUGGUCAACACCUCGAACGCGCUAGUGAUCAAAACUUAUCCUGCAGACUACAACAAAGACUUCGCGCUUGGUUUCGUUGAUUGGAAUCCGUAUCCUCCUGAUAAUGGCACUGGUGUCUGGCGAGAGGUUUAUAUUAAACAGACUGGUCCCGUUGCACUGCAGCCUCCACGAAUAUUGACGGACUUCAACAAACCUGGUGUAAAGAGCGUCAAGAUCACGAUCAAGACAGAUCUGCAGAAUCUGGAAAGCAAGCAAGUCUCCGGUACUUUAACCGGAGUCAUCACAAGUCCUGGCAAGGAUUCUAUCCAGCUUUCGCAGCCAUUUAGUCUGGCGAGUGGUGAUGCAAAAACGGUCAUCCUAACUACAUCACUUCAGAGUCCGCAGAUUUGGUGGCCCAAGCAGUGGGGUGAGCAACCACUAUACAAAGCACAAGUCACGGCUCACGUCAACAAUGCCAUCUCUGACAGAUCUGAGAACCGCAUGUUUGGCAUCAGACAUGUCUCCUCGCACGUCAACGAGCACAACGACACAAUCUUUGAAGUCAAUGGUAUGCCGUUCCAGGUCCUUGGUGGCGGCUAUGCUCCUGACAUCUUCUUGAGAUGGGAUCUGGAACGUUUCACGACUCAAGCACGGUAUGUUCUCGAUAUGGGCAUGAACACAAUCCGCCUCGAAGGCAAAAUGGAACAGCCAGAGCUCUACGACGUUGCUGACCGCAUGGGUCUCAUGAUCAUGGCUGGGUGGGAAUGCUGCGAUAAAUGGGAAGCGUGGAGCUACAACGAUGACGUUGCGGGAGUUGCGGUUCCUUGGAACUCGAACGAUUAUCAGACUGCGAACACUUCGAUGAGACAUGAGGCUGCGAUGCUACAGAGUCACCCGAGCAUGCUUGCAUAUCUAGUUGGGAGCGACUACUGGCCAAACGACAAAGCUGCUGCUAUCUACGUCAAAGCAUUGAAAGAUUGGGGCUGGCAGAAUCCAAUCAUUGCUUCGGCUGCGAAACGUGGAUAUCCCGAGGUUCUUGGCCCUUCUGGCCUGAAGAUGGAUGGACCAUAUGACUGGUGGUACAACGAUCAACUCGGCGCAGCUUUUGGCUUCGGCUCAGAGCUAGGAGCAGGAGUCGGCACACCAGAGAAAGGUAGCCUACAGAAGUUCUUAUCCAAAGCUGACAUGGACGAUCUAUGGCAACAUCCCAACAAAGGCCUUUACCACAUGUCCACAUCAGACUCACAAUUUCAUAAUCGUUCAAUCUACAACACUGCUCUCUGGUCCCGCUACGGCGCCCCCAAGAAUCUGGAUGACUACCUCCUCAAAGCACAAAUGAUGGACUACGAAGCGACAAAAUCUCAAUUCGAGGGUUAUGCGGCUUAUUGGGAAAACGAAAGGCCAGCAACUGGAGCGAUCUACUGGAUGUUGAACAAUGCUUGGCCAAGUCUACAUUGGAACCAAUUCGACUACUACCUCCAUCCAGCCGGCUCAUACUUCGGCACAAAAGUCGGAAGCAGAACCGAACACAUAGCUUACGAUUACACGAAGAAAGAAAUCUACCUCAUCAAUCGCUCCCAGAAUCCGACAGGCGAUCGAACAGUACAAUCCGAACUCAUCGAUCCGGCCGGGAAAACGAUCUCGAAAACAGCCUUCCGAAUCCAAACGACCCCGAACACCAGCAAAUCCAUUGGAAAAGUCUCGGGAAUCGAGAAAAUUCAAGAUGUAGCAUUUCUCCGCCUCACGCUUGAAGACUCGGGUAGUAAAAGUCUCAGUCGAAAUGUCUACUGGCUCACAUCUGGUCUCGACGAGCUGGAUUGGGACGCUUCGACUUGGUACUACACCCCGGUCAACAAGUACGUGGAUUAUUCCGCGCUUUGGAAAAUGCCGACUGCGAGUUUGGUGACUUAUGCGAAUGCGGUGAACGGGAGUGGUACUUCGGAGAAUGCGUAUACUGUGACUUUACGAAACCGGAGCCGUUUCCCUGCUUUUUUCAUUCGAUUGACCCUUGUGGAUGAUGCAGGGCGGGAGAUUGGUCCUGUGUUUUGGGAGGAUAAUUAUGUGACGCUGUUUCCGGAAGAGGUUUUGGAAGUCAGAGUCAGGUUUGAGGGUGGUGGAAAGGGGGAGAAGGUGGAAGUUAGUGGUGGGAAUGUCGCUGGUACCGUGAUAGAGCUUGGAUAACGGUCGAAAGAAAUUUCUUCUUGUUGUCUUCGGAAUUUGGUGUUGAGUAGGAGGAAGGCUUAGAUGUACGGGCGGAACUCAUGACUGUGCUUGUGUGGUGAAAUUGAUAUGGUGAAAGAUUCG